CUGAAAGCUCUGUGCCCACCAGCAAGGAGGGCAGUCCCAAAUUAGAAGGGAAUGAGAAUUCAGACAGCUCGCCCUCUAGGAGAGCUAGAAAAAAACGAGUUAAAAAGGGGCGCAAUCCCGGACCUUUUAUCGACGACUCGCUGAAGGUCAAGUCGAAAACUGAGAGCUGGAGCUCCUUCUAUAAACAACACACCGACGGUAUGCGGAUGUCGCCAGUAGAAGUAACCAACUUGGAGCUGACCAGUCCGUCUACCGAGUUCAGAUCGGAAAGCUCACAGUGUGACUCUUACUACUUCAGCCUGCUGCACAAGCUGAAUUCUAGCGCCUUCAACAAGCUGCAGCCCAUCGACCUGUCUCUCAGCGACGUC